AUGGCACCUAACACUGAUCAGGAUGCACCAAUUCAAACUCAAAAUGUAAAUCUAAACCAGCAGCCAAUAGAUUGCAAUCCUUUGCACAUGCAUCCAUAUGAAAGCAUUGGAUCUGCAAUAUUACCAGUGACUUUCGAUGGAAUUGGAUAUAAGUCAUGGCGAAGAGGUGUUCUUAGGGCACUCUCAAUGAAAAACAAAUUAGGUUUUAUUAAUAGGAAGGUUGCAAAACCAAAUGGGGAUGAUGAUACAUUUGCAUUGUGGGAAAUAUGUGAUGAUAUGGUUACUUCGUGGAUUCUGAAUUCACUAUCAAAGGAUCUGAGCGAUAGUUUACAGUAUGUCAAUAAUGCGAGGGAACUUUGGAAUGAACUAGAAUAUAGAUAUGAUCAAACCAAUGGUGCAAAGUUGUAUCAACUUCAACGAGAGAUCAAUGAUCUUACACAAGGAUAUCUAGACAUCACUGGAUAUUAUACCAAAAUUAAGAAAAUUUGGGAAGAAAUUAGCACCCUUGACACAAAUUCUCAAUGCACAUGCCUGUGCACACGUGGUGGAAAGACAAAAAGGCAUAAGGCUGAACAGGACAGGAGAAUCAUACAGUUUGUAAUGGGACUGAACGUAGUUUACACAGUGAUUCAAGACAUUAUUCUAAUGAUGAAUCCUUUGCCUACUAUGGCUCAAGCUUUCUCUAUAUUGUCUCAAGAGGAAAGGCAAAGAGAAGUUAAGCCUCACAAUUAG